UGGAGGGAAGAGGAGCCGCUGGAGGUUUCCUGUUCCCUCCACUGGAUGACGUCGUCUCCUGAAGGGAUUUAAAAGUCGGUCAAAGCGACAGAACGAGGAAACAGACGACAGGAACCUUCACCAGACGACCAGAAAACAGCAGCAGAGACGCAAACGUCGAAGGAUGUGUCCCGUGUGGCUAUUGGUGGCUGUGAUGGUUGUGGGCGGAGCCAGAGGAGCCGUCAGUCAGUGCUGGGAGCAUCCAAGCUGCCAGGAUCUGAACUCUGAGAGCAGCAUGAUGGACUGCAUCCAGCUCUGUCGCUCUGACCUCACCGCUGAGACGCCUGUCGUCCCUGGCAACGCCCACCUCCAACCUCCGUCGGACUCUUCCUCCCUCGUCCUCCCCGCCUCCUCCUCCUCCUCCAAUCAGGCCAAGCGCUCCUACUCCAUGGAGCAUUUCCGUUGGGGGAAGCCCGUCGGCCGGAAACGCCGCCCCAUCAAGGUGUUCACCUCCAAUGGCGUGGAGGAGGAGUCAGCCCAGAUGUUCCCCGGAGAGAUGAGGAGGCGGGAGCUGGCCAAUGAGCUGCUGGCAGCGGCAGAGAAGGAGGAAGAAGAGAAGGCAACAGAGGAGAUGGAGGAGCAGCAGGAGGACAAGAGGGACGGUUCAUACAAGAUGAAGCACUUCCGUUGGAGUGGACCGCCAGCUAGCAAACGCUACGAGGGUGGACAAAGACCAGCGCUGUUCAGGAACAUCAUCAACAAGGAUGGACAGCAGCAGGAGUGAGGAGGAGAAGGAGAAGGAGGAGAAGGAGAAGGAGGAGAAGAUGGAGGAAGAGAAGAAGAAGAAGGAGAAGUUCUCAUUGGCCAACGAAGCUCGUUUGCAGACAAUUUAGUGACCAAUCAACAGCCCUGACGCUGCUGUCGCAUAUUAAAUGAUCCUGAAUGAGUGUCAGAAAGGAAAAGAGAGCGUGAGAAAGAUGUUUGGAUAUUUAUUGAUUCAUGUAAAUAUCUGUAUUUAUUAUAUGAAAAUAUAAAGAGUUGUUUGCAAGCAAAACA